AUGUAUCACCUCGCCAAAUCUCUAUACCUCCACUACACCUCCAAAGAAGAAUACUCGAUUCUCCUCCUCGGCCUCGACAACGCCGGCAAAACAACCCUUCUCAACCAAGUCAAGGCCCUAUACAAGACCGCCGAUUUCUCCUCCAGUACCAGCAGUGCUACCAACGAGCCAAGCCCAACGGCGGGCAAUACCGUCCCAACUGUUGGUCAGAAUGUCGCCACCAUCGAUCUGCCAGACAUGUACCUCAAGUUCUGGGACAUCGGCGGUCAAAUGACCCUGCGGAGGCUGUGGCAGAGCUACUACAAGUCCGCGCAUGCUGUCGUAUUCGUGGUCGACAGCACCGACAUCGGCCCGGACUCAGAUGUAGCAAGAUUACCUGGCUUCAUCGACCAUGGGAGGCGGAAGAGCAGUAUCGGCGUCUCUGCUGACUCGGUACCUCAGACGCCCAUGACGUCCCAUACACCCACUGCGCCGGGGUUUCCUGGUUUCGGGCUUGGAGGUGCAAAUGCCAACUUUGGGAGAUUAGACGAGUGCCGUCAGGUUCUGGAGACGGUGCUGCAGCAUGAGGAUAUGGUGGGGAUUCCGAUCCUGGUGCUGGCAAAUAAGCAGGAUAGAGAUGACUGCGUGGAGGUGGUGAGGAUCAAGGAGGGAUUCAUACGCCCGAUCUUUGAGGGAGAAAAGGGCGGCAUGGUGAGGGAUAGUAGGGUUUUGCCUGUCAGUGCGCUUAGGGGGAGUGGUGUCAAAGAGGCGGUGGAGUGGGUGAGGAGUCGAGUCGUGUGGAAUAAGGAGGGAAGGGCACCGGUUAUGCGGUGA